GGGGAAUAGAACAAAAAUAAUAGUAAAAUACACACAAAAUGGACCCCCUGGGAUUAUUGUCUGGCAUCACUGAAGCUGACUGUUUACCCCGUUGGUCCAACACAGCACCCUCAAGAUGUCCUGAACUUUUUGAAGAGCGAGAUAGUCCUUUUCCGGUAAAUCAAGAAAUAAAUGAAAGAGUUAGUCUGUGGGAUGGAGAUAUUACUAAAUUGAAAUGUGAUGUAAUAAUUAAUUCAACAAAUGAAGCAUUAAACGACAAAAAUCCUGUAAGCGAGCGAAUACACAAAGUUGCUGGACCUUUACUUCGGGAAGAAGUUAGACAAGAAUUGCAGUCUUGUCGAACAGGUGAAGCAAAAAUGACAAAGGGAUACAACUUACCUGCCAGAUACGUUGUUCAUACCGUGGGCCCUCGCUACAACACAAAGUAUAAAACAGCUGCAGAAAGUGCACUAUAUAUGUGUUACAGAAACGUCUUGCAACUUUCACGGGAAAGUACUUUAAGUUCUAUCGGUUUGGGUGUUAUAAAUACAACAAGGAGAGGUUAUCCACCUGAAGAAGGAGCUCAUAUAGCAUUGAGAACUGUGCGAAGAUACCUGGAAAGAAAUAUCGAUGCAUUUGAUAUUGUUGUGUUUGUUGUUGAACCUAUUGACGAGAGCACGUAUAAAAGACUGAUGCCGCUGUAUUUUCCACGAGAUAAAAAAGAAGAACAGUACGCUGUAGAGUAUUUACCUACUGAUAUAGGCAACGAGGAAGGAGAACCUUUUUUACCAGAAAGACAAAUUCGAAUUAUGGAUAAACCCUUAAAAGCUCAUAAUGGUAUCGACUUAUUAAACUCGUUUGUUGGACGACAUCCGUUCUCUGCAGUAGCGGCUGACCAUGACACAGGAAGGCGAGCACGGUUAGAGGGAAGGACACAGGAAGAGAUGGAUAUUUUAGAACAACAACGAAAAUAUUCCCAAUGGGUUAAAAGGUCACGUACGGAAGAUUUUACUGAUAUCGCAAAAAUGGGCUUUCUAUAUAAUCCAGGUGUUGAUCGGCAAGGCAGACCGAUUGUUGUGUUUAUCGGAAGAUAUUUUCCAGCACAUGCUAUCGAUCUAAAUAAAGCGGUUUCAUACUUUAUUCACUUCAUGGACUCAAUCGCUAGCAGGGAAUACGUUUUUAUAUACUUUCACACACUCACUACAGAAGAUCACCAUUUGGAUUUAGGAUUUCUUAAAGAUUUCUACGAAUUACUCGACACAAAAUUUCGACGCAACAUGCAUGCACUGUAUAUCGUGCAUGGAACAAUAUGGCAACGUAUAGUAGCGUGGUUCUUCUUAAUGAUCAAUGCUGCGUCAAUUAAAGAGAAAGUACAGUUCGUAAAUGGCGUCCAAUUUUUAUAUGACACAAUAAAUCCUGAUCAACUGGAACUACCGCCUUUCAUAAUGGAGCAUGAUGUUCAGGAGAAUGGACCACAAUAUCACACUUCGACCACCGCGGUUGCAUCGUGAAGUACUUCGCAUCGAGUAGAGGAUGAUUACGUUAUUUAAGCGCAUAUUGUGUCACCAAUGCUCCAAAAAUUGAAAUAUGUUAACAAAAAAACUUGUACAAUUCGACUCGUACCAAAGUAUCCGCUCAAUCCUUAAAAAAAUUAAAUCGGGCUUUGGUUUUGGGUUUUUAUGUGUAAGGGAAAAUCGUUUUUUAUAUUUGUAUUUCGUGUCUUUGUUUGUUUUUGUACAUUAAAUAUCACUUCCUAAUAAAUUCUAUCUAAAA